CUGAUCGUGUUUCAUAUCCAUUUUUUAAGACUGUAAUCUGACCUGGAAUCUGUCACACGUUUAAUAUGGGUCAGCGUGCUGAUUUAUGCGAUGCAGAAUUCAAACACUUUCGCGAGCUGUUGUUAUUAAGCUACAGGAACCUCGUUUUCUGUUAUUGACUGUAACCUUUAGGUUCUUUUAUGUGUGGUAAUAUCAUGUCAGCACCCCUGCCAGUAAUCGUGCCAGCCGCUUGUAGAGCCACGGCCGCGGUGAUAUUCCUCCAUGGCCUAGGGGACACGGGGCACGGAUGGGCAGAAGCUAUGGCUGGGAUCAGGACACCUUAUGUAAAGUACAUUUGCCCUCAUGCACCAAUAAUGCCUGUCACCCUCAACAUGAACAUGGCAAUGCCUUCCUGGUUUGACAUAGCUGGUCUCAGUCCUGAUGCAGAGGAAGACGAAACUGGAAUUAAAAGAGCUUCUGAAAGCAUCAGAGCACUGAUUGAUCAAGAAGUUAAAAAUGGAAUUCCGUCUCAUAGAAUUGUGUUGGGAGGGUUCUCUCAGGGUGGAGCCCUCUCCCUCUACACUGCUUUGACCAGUCCUCAGAAGCUGGCAGGUGUGCUCGCUCUCAGCUGCUGGUUGCCGCUCAGGAACUCCCUCUCAAAGUCAGUGAUAAGCAAUAAGGACAUAUCGGUGCUUCAAUGCCAUGGUGAAGAAGAUCCUCUGGUUCCUCUUGUGUUUGGCUGUCUCACAGUAGAGAAACUCAAAGUCCUGCUGAAUCCCUCCAAUAUCACCUUUAAAACAUACUCUAGAAUGCCUCACAGUGCAUGUCCUGAGGAAAUGAUGGACAUCAAGCAGUUUAUCGAGAAGCAGCUCCCCAAAAUCAAUUAAUUGUUUAUUUAUAAUGUAAUUUUCAUUGAACGAAAAAAGCAUACAAAAGAUGUUCUUACCUUCUUAGAGUACUUGUUAGCAAAAUACAAUAUUAAAAAUAUGCUAAAGUGCAUGUUGUUAAUAAUAAUUAAAUGAAAAUGUACUGCUUUCCAAAUAGACUGCCCCAGGUGAUUCAACCUCCGCUCCUGGAGGGCUACAGCCCUUUAGAGGUUAGAUUAAACCUUAAUUAAAGAGUAUUUUAAUUGAUGUUGAUAUUUUGUCCAAUUUACACCUGGUAUUAAAAUGUUUUUCAUCAGUCUGAUCAUAAUUGGACAAUGACCCCAUCUAUAAGCUUGUGCUCUUUCGACACCUACUAGGGGUAAGGGAAAACUUAUUCGUCCAGAUUGCGUUCCUAAUGAGGAUGCUCAUGUGAUUGGAUGUGUUCCAGCAGCCACUAAGGUCCACCUGUUCUCCAGUGACCUUU